AUGUCACCGCUCGUUCCGUCGUACCACCAGGUCCAGCAAUAUCCGUUCCUGAAUGUGCUCGAUCCCAUGGGCUGGCCGAACAAGCGAUUAAGGACCUCCUACGCAAACAGCGCCGCGGCAGCAGAGCCCUCGCGCCGCAGCUGGGUUGCUGUCCCGAGCUUGCGCCAUGCGGAAGCCGCAAGCGGAGGGCGACGCGCUGCGUCUGAGAUUGACGACUGCGCGACUGCAUGUCGGGGGAAGGGAGGUGCGGACGCGCCGCCGCUUCCUUCCGCCUCUUGCCACAUCGAUCGUCUUCCCGUAGGUUUCCCCGCGCCGCGACCUCACGCUUCGCCCGCUUUCCCUUCCCAGCACACCUUUUCCCCUCCCCCCUCCGUUUCCCCCAAUCUCCCAGCGUCCUCCUCUUACGCGCACUUUAAAUCCAUCCCCUUCAUGCUUUCCCUUUCCGUUCGAUUUACCCUCAUUCCUCAUCCGUCCGACGCCUCCACCCUCCCUCCCUCCCGCUUCCCCCUCCCCGUCCCGCUCCCCAUCCCUGCGUUUACCUGUCGAUCUUUUCCCAUCCCCGCUCGCUUCCUUUCCUCCCAUCUCUCCUCCUUUUCCCCCGACGAGCUCGUCGCGACUAUCUUGCGCGCCGUCUUCAAGAAGGCGCAAUCGCUUUCCGACAUCGCCAGCCUGCUGCUAACGGAUACUCUGUAUGAGCUGUUUGGAGGGGAGAAGCCCGCUGGAUGGAGUAUAGAGGAGGAUGAAGAGGAGGAGGAUGAGGAGGAGGAUGCGGAGGAGGGGGAGGAGGAGAGUGGGGACGAGGAGGAAUGUGAGGGUCCAGAGGAGGAUGGGAAGCAGAGAGGCGCACAGGAAGACUUCAGCGCCCACCUCACCCAGAUACUGCUCUCCUCCCUCCUCACUUACACUCACAACCACACACACUGUCCCCUCUCUCUGCAGCUCGCGUUUCCCCUCCCUUCGCCGCCCCAUCGCAUCCACUCAUUUCUUGCCAGCUGGCAUGCCAUCCGCCCGCUUAUUGCGGGGCGCCGUUGCUGCGGCAGCCCAGCCUGUGGCAGGCCUGAGACGAGGGUCGGGGAGUUCCGAACCAGUGUUAGCACUCAAGUCUUCUCUCCCCCCGUCCCUCCCCACAUCCCUGCCCUCCCCCCGCCCCUCUUGUUCCCUUUUCCUGCCCCUUCCCUCCCCCCGCCCCUUCUUCCCCUUCCCCUCAACCCCCCCCCCACCCCCCCACCUCUCCUUUCCUCCUCCGCCUCCUCCUCUCCUCCCCCCCCAAACCCCCCUGCCUCCGCCCAUCUCCCUGCGCAGGCCUCAACCGGGGCAUAUUUGGCAUGCCAUUGGCCAAGCGGGCUUAUAAUUGAGCGCCUGGAGGAAUUGAACCCGCGACCUCCCCUUCCGCUGGCCCUUCCCCCUUCCUCCCCCCCCCCAGGCCUCAACCGCGGCAUAUUUGGCAUGCCAUCGGCCAAGCGGGCUUAUCUGCACGCAAUAAUUGAGCGCCUGGAAGAAUUGAACCCGCGACCUCCCUUUCCCCCGCUCAUUCCCCCCCUCCUCUUCCCCUUCAAGCAACACAGGAGCCAUCGCGGCGGCCACUUCUCUCCUUCUUACCUUCCCCCCACCUCCUCUUCCCCAGCAAUCAGAUCACAGGCCAGCCAGUGGCGGCUGCUGCCAGCCAGUGGCAGCACCAUCGCCAUUCUCGGCUCCAAGCGCACACCAAGCUUCUGCCUCUAUCACAGGCGAGUGGCGGCUGCUCUACAGCACCAUCGCCAUCCUCGGAUCACAGGCGAGUGGCGGCUGCUAUACAGCACCAUCGCCAUCCUCGGCUCCAAGCGCACCAAGCUGGGCCUGAGAGACUUCAUUUCUCUGGGAGACUUCAUCCAGAUUGUAGACAAGGACACAAGGCGAGCAGCCAACGCGGUGGAGUUCUCAGUGAGAGGCCUUGGGCUGCUGUCGGGGAAGCUCACCAUUGAAGCCACGUACACGGUUUCCUCUCCCACUCGGGUGGAUAUCAGAUUUGAGAGCUCCAGCAUCGUACCAGACCAGUUGAACAAGCUGUUUGAGAAAAACUAUGAUCUGCUACUUCGGAUAUUCAACCCGGAUGGAUGGCUUGAGAUAAC